UCAACGCUUGCUGCCUCUCCCAAAACCAGACUGAGGGCUCCUCACCCGCGGGCAGAGAAAGGGCGGAAGAGGGAUCUUGCUUUAAAAACAGCAAACAUCCCUAAGCUGUAACGCCUCUUCGAUCACUUAACACUUCUCCCAGCAAGUUUCUUAAAAAUGACUCUUCUCCUGCCGGAGUUCCCUGGAGGCGGCUGCGACCUCGGGAGCCCCAGGCGUGGUCCUUGUCCCUCCAGGGGGGGUGAGGCUCAGCGUGCCGGGGUCAGCGCGGGCCCUCCACGCCUGAGCGGCCUCUCGGCGCCUCGGGGCCUGGGUUUUCACGGGGCGCUCACAACCUCAGCCUCGCGGAGCCUGGUUCUGCUCUCGAUGUGUCUUGCACAGCUGUUGUGGACACCAGACGACCUCAAGGACGUGAGGUCAGCUCCGAUCCUGGGUGGAAGGGGAGGGUCGUGUCCAGGAAAGGGGACUGGUGCCAGCUUUGUGAAGGCGGGACGGACCCUGAGUCGGGAGCAGGCAUGCGGGACUCUGGAGAGGAGGGUUGUACAGGGAGACAAACAGAGGCACCAGGACGCUGAGCAGGGGGCAGGGGGAGAGAGACAGAGGCACCAGGACACUGCGCAGGGGACAGGGGGCCCAGGGAGACAGGCACCAGGACGCGGCACGGGGGACAGGGGGCCCAGGGAGACAGGCACCAGGACGCGGCACGGGGGACAGGGGGCCCAGGGAGACAGGCACCAGGAUGCUGUGUGGGGGACAGGGGGCCCAGGGAGACAGGCACCAGGACGCGGCACGGGGGACAGGGGGCCCAGGGAGACAGGCACCAGGACGCGGCACGGGGGACAGGGGGCCCAGGGAGACAGGCACCAGGACGCGGCACGGGGGACAGGGGGCCCAGGGAGACAGGCACCAGGACGCGGCACGGGGGACAGGGGGCACAGGGAGACAGGCACCAGGACGCGGCGCGGGGGACAGGGGGCACAGGGAGACAGGCACCAGGACGCGGCACGGGGGACAGGGGGCACAGGGAGACAGGCACCAGGACGCGGCACGGGGGACAGGGGGCCCAGGGAGACAGGCACCAGGAUGCUGGGUGGGGCCAGGGGGGAGAGUGUGGGGAGCAACUCGGACUAGACUAAGUUACUGGAAUUAAGACUUAUUCUAUGCAUCUGCUCUCCCACAAUAUGGCGCUGGGAGAGAAGUAAACAGCUUCCGCACAGCUGCCUCCAGUUCAACCAAUAAACUGUAGGACUUGCUCCUGAUUGGAGAGCAGCGUACUCGGCGUGUGGGCAGCCGAGUUGGGAUUGGCAGAGGAGGACUAUAAAGGAGGAGACGGCAUGCACCAGGAACAUCUAAGGGGAACAUCUAAGAGGAACACCUGUGCAGCCCCCGAGAGAGCCGGCCGGCGGUGUGCCGCUCCCCCGCGGAAGUGGGGAAUGUGGCAGGGGGAACUGCCCUUCCACGGAGGUGGAAGGGACGGUAGCCAACCCGGGAAGAACCAGCAGCAAACCCGGGAAGGGCCGAGCAGACGAAAGAACAGCGCAGGGUCCUGUGUCGUUCCUCCACGAAGAGGGGGA